GCUCUCCUCUGCGCGAGGCUCACCGUUUUGGGGCUUGGCAGUGAGUGAUGACUAAAGCACGGGAAGCUCAAGUCUAGCUCUAGCAAUCUGGCACACACCCACUAAAAAACACAGAGAAAGAGAGAGAGAGACAGUGGAUGUCACAAAUGAACCGCGGCAGGUGCAGUUUUUCUACUUGGAAGAAGCUGAAUAAUGCAAAUUAGUUGAAAGGAGAGACCAGCUUCGUAUGGAUUUAUCUGUCUGAUUGUAAUCUGAUGUGAUCCUACUUGUUUUGGAAGAUCACACAUUGUUUAAGAGGAUCCGAAUUGCUUCUAUCCUGCUUGGACAAAAAUUUAAUUUCUGGGACUUUGCAUUCUAAAAGAACUGGUCUUAAAGUUUCUGCAUACAGUUUUUAAAUCUUCAAUCAAGAAAAAAGAAACGAAUGGCUAUUUGAAACAUUUUAACUGCAUCCAUAAAGGGUGCACUUAGCGCACUCUCUUCGGAGCAUCAGUACUAUGCCUGGAUUACCCUUUUGACAGCCCUGUGAACCCGUGUGAAAUCACCGCGGAGGAGCUACGGCAGGGGGCCGAGCGGGUGGGAGCUGCAUUCCUCUACUUGAGACCGAACUGAGAAUCCAACAUCCUGACUGCCGCCACAAGCCGAUCGGAUACAAAACUAUAGGGACAGGAGUGGAACCACCCUUCACGGUCUGGGUUAAAAGGAUUGGCAGAAGAAUGCUGGUGCCAGGUGCCCAGGGGCAGGAUGGCAUUGUGUUGGCAGAGAGCUGCGGUUGUUAGAUGGUUCCUCUUGAUGCUCCUGUGGCACUGGGCACCUCUGGGCCCACUGAGCUGGUUUCUGGCUCUGGCUGAGCGUCUGGACCAGAAGACCUCACCGUUCUCUUCGAUCUCCGGCCGGAGCAGCGGCCAGCUGGACUGGCUCCUGUCUGAUAAAGGGCCCUUCCAUCGUUGUCCAGAAUACACCGAGUUCAAAGAACGCUUCCAACAAGGCUUCUCCACACGCUACAAAAUCUACAGGGAGUUUAGUCACUGGAAAGUGAACAGCUUGGUGACAGAGAAGAGAGACUUCUUCAAAGCCCCGCUGCCUUUGGCGCCCGAGUUUUUACGCAACCUCAGGCUUCUGGGGAGAAGGCCGAGCCUUCAGCAGAUUCAUGAAAAUCUGAUCAAGAAAUAUGGCACUCAUUUCUUGGUAUCAGCCACAUUGGGAGGAGAGGAGUCACUCACGAUCUUCUUGGACAAACAGAAGCUGAGCAAAAAGUCAGAGGGCAAUGGAAAUAGCUCCGUGGUCUCCCUGGAAAUCUUGCACCAGUUGGCGGCGUCGUACUUCACAGAUAGAGAGAGCACCCUGCGAAGACUCCACCACCUGCAGAUUGCUACAUCUGCCAUCAAGGUAACGGAGACCAGAACGGGGCCUCUUGGAUGCAGUAACUAUGACAGCCUGGAUUCCGUCAGCUCCGUCCUAGUGCACAGCCCAGAAAAUAAAAUCCACCUGAAAGGUAUGACAGCUGAUGUGGUCUUCAGAAGAACAACAUUGCGCCUAUGUUAG